AUGGAACCCCGGACAGCAGCCUGGCUUUUGGUGACAAUCUACAUGAUGAGCCUUUUGCCCCAAGGCCUGCUGGGUAACGACGCCACGCCGAGGGUCCGAAGGGUCAAACGAGGCUGGGUGUGGAACCAGUUUUUCGUCCUGGAAGAGUACACCGGGAUGGACCCGCUUUAUAUCGGAAAGCUCCACUCAGACAUGGACAAAGGCGACGGUUCCAUCAAGUACAUCCUAACAGGCGAAGGUGCCGGCUCCACCUUCACCAUUGACGACAGCACCGGCGACAUCCACGCCAUUCAGAGGUUAGACCGCGAGGUCAAGGCCCAGUAUGUGCUGCGAGCGCAAGCCCGAAACCGCCUCACCGAUCGACCGCUCGAACCGGAAUCCGAGUUCAUCGUCAAAAUUCAAGACAUUAACGACAACGAGCCCAAGUUCCUGGACGGACCCUACCGGGCUUCAGUGCCGGAGAUGUCCAAAAUAGGAACACCGGUGAUCCAGCUAACCGCUACUGAUGCUGACGACCCAACGUACGGCAACAGCGCCCGUGUCGUCUACAGCAUCCUGGAGGGUCAGCCUUACUUCUCGGUGGACGCCAAGACAGGUGUUGUGCGGGUAUCAUUGGCCGACAUGGAUCGAGAGACCAGAGAGAACUACACGGUGGUCAUCCAGGCGAAAGACAUGGGUGGUCAGUUGGGCGGCCUGGCAGGAACCACCCGCGUCGACAUUUCGCUCAGUGACGUGAAUGACAAUCCGCCCGUUUUUGAUCAAAGGUUGUAUCAGAUGAGCGUCCCUGAGUCAGCCUCAAUCAAUUCCGAGGUGGGCCGAAUCAGAGCAAAUGACCGUGAUGUGGGAGUCAACGCCGACAUGACGUACAGCGUCAUCGACGGCGACGGAAGAGAUGUCUUCGGGAUUGUCACCGACCCUAGCGACAGACACGCCAUCAUCACCAUCAAGAAGCCGUUGGACUUCGAGACGAAGCGCAGUUACACGCUGAAAGUGGAGGGCGCCAACACGGGGGCUUCGACCUUCCGCGACGUGACCAUCGUGCACGUGAGCGUGGACGACGUGGACGAGCCGCCCGCCUUCGACGCGCCCGCUUACCUGCUGGACGUGGCUGAGGACGCCGACGUGGGCGCGUUGGUUGGGACGGUUGCCGCCAGGGACCCGGACGCCGACAACAACACCGUCAGGUACUCUUUGGACCGCACAAGUGAUCCCGACAAGUUCUUCUAUGUUGACAUCACUUCGGGGGCUUUAAUGACGUUGCGACUUCUGGACCGCGAGCAGCUGGGUUGGCACAAUAUCAGCGUGCUUGCCAUGGAAAUGAAUAAUCCAUCUCAACUAUCCAGCGUGGCCGUUUCUAUCCGCGUGCAGGACGUCAACGACAACGCGCCCACGCUAGGUGACUUCCUAGAGGCUUAUGUAUGUGACGGAGCCAAGGCCGGACAGUUGAUCCAGGCGGUGACGGCCGUGGACCCGGACCAACCCGCCGGCGGACAUCGCUUUUCCUACGCCUUGGCGCCACACGCCGCUAACAACCCCAAUUUUACCCUACGAGACAACCAAGAUAACACUGCAUGGGUGCUAACGCGUCGCGGCGGCUGGUCCCAGAGGCAGCAAAGUGUCUUCUACCUUCCCAUCACAGUGACGGACGGUGACGCCCCCGCAAAGUCCAGCACAUCCACGCUGAGCGUUCGCGUGUGCGCUUGCGACCGCGACGGCAGCGUGGUGACCUGCGACGCCGAAGCUUACAGCCUGCCCGCCGGCCUCGGAAGGGCGGCGCUCAUCGCUAUCUUGGGCGCCAUCCUCGUGCUCCUGGUGAUGAUCCUGCUCAUGCUAUCCCUACGCACGCACCGCAAGAAGCCGUACCUCGGCGACCAGGAAGAGAACGUUCACGAAAACAUCGUCCGCUACGACGACGAAGGCGGCGGGGAGGAGGACACGGAGGCCUUUGACAUCGCCGCCAUGUGGAACCCGCAAGUGGUGCGUCCCCACCCGGGCGAGACGCGACAAGACAUGCUCCCGGAGAUCAGGAGUUUGUCCCGCUACGUCCCGAUGGCGAGUACCAGCGUGGGCGGCGUUCACGGCUACGUGCUGUCUAAGCUACUGGAGGCCGACGCCGACCCUUGCGCGCCGCCCUACGACUCCCUGCAGACGUACGCCUACGAGGGCGAGGGAUCGAUAGCCGAGUCGCUGAGCUCGCUACAGUCGGGCGCGUCGGGCGGGGACCACGAGUACGACUACCUCAACGAGUGGGGACCGCGCUUCAAGAAGCUAGCCGAGAUGUACGGAGUGCUGGAUGCUAACAAUCCUCCAGUGUGGUAG